AAAUUCCCUCAACUUAUUUUGUGAUAACAAACUCCGACUAUUGACGUCACUGAGAUUUGUUCUCAUAUUUAUUUCCCUCUAUACACAUUUGUGUAUUGUUGAUUUGUUGUUGCGCGUCUCCCUCUCUCUCUCUCUCUCUCUCCUGACGAUUUUGAAUACUCUCAGAUUCUGCAUUCACUCUCUAAUGAUGUAUCAAUCAAACGAAGACGACGACGAUCUUUUCGCUUCCCUUUGCUUCGAUCAUCAUAGCAAUGGAGGAGAAGAUCCUUACGCGUUUAUACAACAGACAGAUCAGGAAAACCUCUUUCCCGAGUUUGGUUUGAAUUUGCAGCCAGAGCAAGACCAUCAUCAUGUACGUACCGUCGGUGGAGAUCAGUUCGAUUCCUUUACUGGUGACAGCAACGGUUUAGGAGGACCUUUUGGUGGCCUUGUCUAUAGCAUUGGAUCAUCAGCACAACUUGAUUUGGGGACACACAGCUUUAGAGGGACAGCGUCGACUCAUGUGCAGCAGGAACAGGAACAGGAACAAGCGUGUUGUCCUGUUGUGGAGAUCAAUUCUUCAUCCUCUGUUGAACUUGUCAAGGAAGAGUUUGAUGAAGAAUGCUCAAGAAAGAGGGGACGAACUGGACCAUGUAGCAAGCCAGGAACCAAAGCCGGUCGUGAGAAAAAGAAAAGGGAGAUGCUAAACGACAAGUUCAUGGAUUUGAGCUCUGUUUUGGAGCCUACAAGGACUCUAAAGACUGACAAACCAGCGAUUCUCGAUGAUGCAAUCCGGGUAGUGAAUCAGCUCAGAGGUGAAGCUCAUGAGCUUAAAGAAACCAACCAGAUGCUUCUAGAAGAAAUCAAGAGUCUCAAGGAGGAGAAGAAUGAGCUAAGAGAAGAAAAGAUGGUGUUGAAGUCAGAUAAAGAGAAGAUGGAGCAACAGAUGAGAUCAAUGGCGGCUGUUCCAUCUCCUGGUUUCAUGCCCUCUCAUCCAGCAGCUUUCCAUCAGAAUAAAAUGGCGGUUUACGGAAGUUAUGGUUACUAUCCAAACAUGCCAGUGAUGCCAUACUUGCUACCUCCUUCGCAGCGUGAUACUUCUCAAGAUCAGCAGAACUGGUCUAAAGCUGCUUAAGCAGCUUCCUUUUGUUAGUAGGCAUUGAAUCAUAAUAUCAACAGUCACUCUGGAGUUUUGUUUCCUUCAGAUGAUUCUUUGUUAUGAGUUUUGCAGUAACUUAUUUGGGGGAUAGAUAAUGUUAUUCUUUAGGUUCUA